AGCUAGCUUUUUUUAGUCGUGUUUCGCUGGAUCUUCAGAACAACACAAAUGACAACGCUCUCAUGAUGGAUCCUUGUCAUCCUGCCCAACACAAAUUGCAAACAUUCCUUCAACUUCCUCUCGGUCACACUUAUUGCAUAAAGAGAAAAUAGUAUCAACCAACCAACAAGGAAGCUACCUGGUACAGAACCGAUUCGAUUCGCUGCGAACAAAGAAGAAUGGCAUCGCAAGGUGGCAACUGGAAAGAUCUGGUCAAAGCGGCUGAGGUGGGAGACCUCGCUGCCGCUAAAUACCACUUGCAGCAAGGAGUAGAUCCAAAUUAUCAGCACCCCGAGUACUUUACUGCUCCUAUAUUUGAGGCGAUUCGGAACAAUCGUUUGGAGGUAAUUGAACUCUUGGUGGAGGGCAAGUAUCAGGGAGAAAAGCUCCUCAAAUCCACUCUUGCUGAUCCGAAGCUUGUGGAAGAAAUGACGGAUCUGACACCCAUCGAUUUGGCGUUAGAAGAGGAAAAGCAUGAUAUUGUGGAUUAUCUCAAUACUCAACUUCCUCCUGAUGCCCAAUGGAAGCCCAAACACGUCCUGGUGACGGGGGGGAACCGCGGUAUUGGGAAGGCCAUUGUGGAGCAGUUGCUGCGUCAAGGGCAUGUGGUGGCCUUUACGUGCCGAGAUGCAGAUGCAGGUGAGCAAGUCUUGAAAGAGUUGAAAGAGAAGACGGGAAAUAAAAAGCUUCAAGUCGUUGUGGGCGAUCUGAGCUCCAUUAAAAAGGUUGGAGCGGCUGCCAAGUCCAUCCUCGAACAGUUCCCCAAACUGCAAGUCCUUGUUCACAAUGCUGGUCUCUGGCCGUCAGAAUGUCAAAUCAAUGAGGACGGACUGGAAAUGUCCUUUAUGGUCAAUUACGUAGCUCCUUUGAUUCUCACCCAGCAGCUCUUGCCCCAAAUGGAAACGAAUGGUACCGAUGUUCGUGUUGUCCUCGUCACCGCCGGGCUGGCAAUCUUUGGCAAGGCUGAUGUGACCAAGACUCCACUUGGAAAGGACUUUUCUCGUUUCAAGACGUACAUGCACACCAAACAGUGCGGCAUGAUUUGGUGUCUGCGACAAGCCCGGCUUCAGCAGGUUUCUUCAAGCGCAACACCACGUGUCACUUUUAAUGCUGUCCACCCGGGUGUGAUCCGUACUGGAUUAGGGGCAUCAGAUGGGUGUAUGGGGUUUCUCUUGAGAUUGGUCAAAAAGACUUGGAAGCAACCUGCCGAAGGAGCCGUGGCACCCGUUUGGCUAGCGACAAGUCCCGAGGCGAAAGGUAUCCAUGGCAAGUUCUACCAUGAAAUGAAGCUGUAUGAACUUGAAGGAGACGCGGCUUGCAUGCUGGACCCGACCGUUCAAGAUGAAUGGGCCCAAUGGACGCAGGAUUUUCUAGCGCGUCACAACAGAGAAACGUAAAAGGCUUGACUAUUGUAUUCGUCACGGUGAGGUGACGCAAGCCAUUACCAUAAUGUAUUUAAAACGUGUGAUAAUCUAUCAUAUAUAAAAAACUAUCAGGGGUGUACACUGAACGAGACAAAAGAACUGAUAAGCCCACCGGAACCCCGUGUUGCUCUUGCUUUGGUGUAAAGCACAAGUUUUCAAAGUUUAGAAGCCCCAUUGAAUGUGAAGCUGCCAACAUACAUGUAGCCACAGUGCAGCGUAGACUAUGGCGAGAUCGUCGAUAGAGUUGGUAGGUAUGAAGGCGUUACCUAUCCAGCUAGACUAGUGCCCAUCAUAAUUUUGAUCCAACCUGUAUUCAAAGAUGAACUUGCGCAGUUCAUCUUCCUUGACCAACCCCAAGGUUCCCGAAGGUAAGAGAAACGCCAUGGCCUGCUCGGGUUCGUAGUGUUUGAAUACUUGCUGCAUCUUGGCUUCCUUUCCCGACACGAACAUGAUUUUCUCCCGUGUAUCAGGAUCCACAAACCACGAAACGACACUCCAAAUGGACCUGAGCAGCAGGGUGGGAUCACAGCCAACCAUCAAAUGGAGUCGUUCGGGGUAAUGUGAUUGCAGGGUGGUAAUGAAUCUGCGUAGCAACGAAACAGGUGGUUUGUUGUCUCUCGAGUACCCCGUGUAAUCCAUGACCAGAUUGAUUUUUUCUUGCCCGUGACGUUCGCUGCAGGCAAUGGCCCGCUCCACCCAAUAGAUUUGCACUUGUAUGAACAGAUCGGGAUUGUCUCGCAGAACAAAUCUGGAAUUCUGAAACUUGAUCAACGUAGCUCGCCCUUCAUUGUCGUUUCCGCGGACAAUCAUUUUGGGUUUGGGUACCGCAUCGGCGAUGAUGGCGUCCCGAAUUGGGUUCAGAAAGGGGUCAUCAUCUUCCGCGCCUUUGGCUUUCAAGUUGACGGAUCGAAUGUCAUUGACUCGGUUCGUAUUGCGAAACUCCAACGUUUCAUGCACGCUCUUCAUAGCAUCCUCUCGGUUGUUCUUUUGAGCAACCAAGUGUCGACGGAUCAUACGAAGAGCGCACUGGGUCUUCUGUUGGGUAUUUUUUCCUUCGGUACUCGGAGAGUUGGCUUCCUUGGCAGCUACCAGAGCGUAGUGAAACGACGUCAACGCUGCUGCUUCCACCUCUGCUUCGGAUAACUCCUUCAAGAGAUCAUGGCACGCUUUCUCCUGAUCAUCAUUGUCGAAUUGCAGCGAUUCCAUGAUUCUUUCUCACUAUUCUUUGAUCCUGCUCUUGCCUCUCGGAGGCAGAUUAUGGUCAUCGAGAGACAUUUGGGUGCGAAAGAUAAGAGUCUCAAAGAUACCCUUCAUCUUGUAAACACUUUAUUUAUCAGCUCUGCAGGGGAAUAGAGAGUCAGGCGAUACCUCAUUUUUCGCCGUUUCCUCCACUAAAGUCACUGAUCACAGCAAUGAUGAAAUACCAACAAUGGCCUCCCAUAGCUCAAGCCACCCUAACGGAUGCC